AACGCGGUCUCCCCGCACUCUCCCGGGCCGGGGGACGCAGAAUGGUUUACAGAGGGACCGCGAGGCGCUGAUUGGUCACCGGCUGCCGUGACGUCGUCGGGCGCUGCAUUAAGGCGAGGGGGCUUGCAGAGCUCAGCCAACAGCCAGGAGCAGUGACCGAGCCGCCGGAGCUGGGGAGAGACGCGCCGGGGCAGCGGACUGGGCCAGGAGACCAGGGACCGAGGGACGCGCGCCCGGGGAGAGCCAGCAACGAGCCGUGGCCCGGGCGGCGACAGCAGGCGGACCGCGGAGCUGCUCCAGCCGCCAGCCUACUGUGGCCGCUGCACCAGGACAUUUUAAAAAAGCUCUCAGGCCGGCCCCCUCCCCCCGACUCCUUUCGCGGCAAAAGAGGAAAAACAAAAAGGAACGAAACCCAGAUUUGCCACUACAACGAAAAGAGAGGGGGAAAAGGAAAAGAAAAAAAAAAAAAAGUCGAGCGACUGUGGGGUUGGAUGCAGGCAGGCGGAGCGCGGGCCGAGCGAUGCGGGGCUGCGCGCCCAGGCAGCCGCGAGUUGUGACUGGAGCCACCGUACGUAGCCAGGCGCGGUGAGAAGCCAGCCAGCGUCUCCUCCUCUCAGGAGCCUGGGCGCUGGGAGGGCUGCCCCGAGGACACGGAGGCCGGGCAAGCCACAGGCCGAGGUGACUGGGCCCGGGCGGUCGGGAGCGAGGAGUGCGCCUUGGCUGCGUCUGCCCGAAGUUGUCCCUCUCCGUUCCCGACUGACACAAACACUUCUCCAAAAGGAGGGAAACCUAAGCCACAACAGCAAUCAACGAGAUCCUCCUCCUCCUCCCUCUCCUCCCUCCCGCCCCCCCAACCCCUGCCCCUCCCCCGACCGCUGCACGAUGCCGGCAGUUUAGGAUCCAAAGCUUCUCCACUCCUUUGCUUCUUUCCUUGGCCUUUUCCCCCCCUUCUUCUUCAAAGAGGGAGGACGCCCUGGCGGCGGGCAGCCCGGCACGCACGCGCCCGCCCUCCUCGCCCGGCAAAAGCAGAUGCACUUUGACUUCUGACAGCUCUACCUCAAGCCCGGGAGAACUCAGCGGCGUCCUCCUCUUCUUCUCCGUCUCCGGUUUCUUUCUUUAUUUCCUUUCCCGCCGCCGUUCUCGGUGACCUUCACUCCUCCGCGGGCUCUGGGCAGAAGGGUCGCUUCCUCGCGCGCGCGAGACUCCUCCUCCUCGCCCCGCGCGGCUCGUCGGCGCCCUGGGACUCCCGCGCGCUCAUACUCCGUCGAGGCGCCCCCAGGCCAGCGUCGGCCUCGUUGGCCCUCUUUCGAUCUCCUGGCGCGGGUUUUGGAUUGUGUCUCCUCUCCUUGGAGGGGCGAGGGAGCUCCUGCCGGUCCUCCUCGGGAGUCGUCCCCUUGGCUCGGCUCGCCCCUCUCUUCUCCGGGCCUCCCCCGACCAAACCAAAGACCAUGGUGCACUGUGCCGGCUGCAAAAGGCCCAUCCUGGACCGCUUCCUCUUGAACGUGCUGGACAGGGCCUGGCACGUCAAGUGCGUCCAGUGUUGUGAAUGUAAAUGCAACCUGACCGAGAAGUGCUUCUCCCGGGAAGGCAAGCUCUACUGCAAGAACGACUUCUUCCGGUGUUUCGGUACCAAAUGCGCAGGCUGCGCACAGGGCAUCUCCCCUAGCGACCUGGUGCGGAGAGCACGAAGCAAAGUGUUUCACCUGAACUGCUUCACUUGCAUGAUGUGUAACAAGCAGCUCUCCACUGGCGAGGAGCUGUACAUCAUUGACGAGAACAAGUUCGUGUGCAAAGAGGAUUACCUAAGUAACAGCAGUGUCGCCAAAGAGAACAGCCUCCACUCGGCCACCACGGGCAGUGACCCCAGUUUGUCUCCGGAUUCCCAAGACCCAUCACAGGACGACGCCAAGGACUCUGAGAGCGCCAACGUGUCAGACAAGGAAGGGGGCAGCAACGAGAACGAUGACCAGAACCUGGGUGCCAAGCGCAGGGGACCACGAACCACCAUCAAAGCCAAGCAGCUGGAGACGCUGAAGGCGGCAUUUGCCGCCACGCCCAAGCCCACGCGCCACAUCCGAGAGCAGCUGGCCCAGGAGACCGGGCUCAAUAUGCGCGUCAUCCAGGUCUGGUUCCAAAACCGGCGCUCCAAGGAGCGGAGGAUGAAGCAGCUGAGCGCGCUGGGCGCCCGGCGCCACGCCUUCUUCCGAAGUCCACGCCGGAUGCGGCCGCUCGUGGACCGCCUGGAGCCCGGCGAACUCAUCCCCAACGGCCCCUUCUCCUUCUACGGAGAUUACCAGAGCGAGUACUACGGUCCCGGGGGCAACUACGACUUCUUCCCGCAAGGCCCCCCGUCCUCGCAGGCUCAGACGCCGGUGGACCUGCCCUUCGUGCCCUCCUCCGGGCCUUCCGGGACGCCCCUGGGCGGCUUGGAGCACCCUCUACCGGGCCAUCACCCGUCGAGCGAAGCGCAGCGGUUCACCGACAUCCUGGCUCACCCGCCUGGGGACUCGCCCAGCCCCGAACCCAGCCUGCCCGGGCCCCUGCAUUCCAUGUCGGCCGAGGUCUUCGGGCCCAGCCCGCCCUUCUCCUCGCUGUCGGUCAACGGCGGGGCGAGCUACGGGAACCACUUGUCCCACCCCCCAGAAAUGAACGAGGCGGCCGUGUGGUAGCGGGGUCUCGCACGGUGCGUGAAGUUCGUGGUUGUACAGAAAUGAACUUUUAUUUAAGAAAAAACGGGGAAAAAAAAAGAAAAAAAAAACACAUGAAAAGUAAGGCCACUCGAUUUCUCCGGUCUCGGGGACCGCGCUCAAGACUAGGGAGACUGGAUGGGAAAAGGGGACACGAAGCAGGAUCCAGAUCCGCCUGGAGGUGGAACUGGGAUCAGCAUGCUUGCUGGCAGAACUGGGGCUCCCGAAAGGAUUUCUCCCCACCUCCGACCUGGACCCGGCCCCGGAUCCGUGCAGAGACCCUCGGGCGGCGGCGGCGCCAGGAUGCCCACGGCGGACGCAGACGCGCGCACUGCCGCCCGGUGAUGCCGGGAGCCGCGGGGAGGAAGGCCUGGGGCGCAGCCGGGUGCGGGAGGUGAAGCAGUCGGGUCACUCCCAGGCAAGCCGUGAGGGUUCUAGCUCUGGGAUUCGCUCAUUAGCGUCUCAGUGCAGCGACAGCGGCAACAAACUCUUAUAGCUUCAGAAACACCGACCUGCUGUGCAUCAGGUGGGACUCUCUCUAUAUAUAUUUUUUGUCUAUCUGGGUUUUUGGUUUUUGUUUUUGCCAAAAUUGCAAAAUCUUAAAUGUAAAGCCCUCAGUCUCAACUCUUCUACCUUCACAAAGCUCUACACACACAGAGACACACACACUGGAUAGGACGGUCUCCAGUCAGACCUCAGUAAAAUGACUUGAACAUCAGCUGUACAAGAAAAAGUAUUCUACCUUCACACACAAAAAGUAAAAAAAAAAAAAAAGACUAUUGAACUAAAACAGUCAACUGUUUACGUAUAAAUGUUAAAUUCAGGAGUUCAGUGUUUUACUAAUAUAUCCUGUUUUGAAACCUCUUGUUCAAAAACAAAAUGUUUUGAGCAAUCAACCAAAAUUGUUCCUUUUCUUUUCCUGUAGAUGUUCUGACAGAUUUGCAGGGCUCACUGUGCUAGUAUGUAAAAAAAAAAAAAAGUGUUGUUUACACGAGGCAAAGAGAAAACACGAUAUUCAGACAGUUGCCAAAUAGAAUAAUUAUAGCACAAAUACUGUAAAGGUGCGUGGCACCAGCAACCUGAGAAAGUGUUAAAAAAAAAAGUGUUACAAGGUUUAAAAAAAAAGAAAAACCAUCUUUGCUAAUUUUUAGUCCUGUUGAACAUUCAUGGAAUUGUUAAUAUGACUUAUAUAGACCCACACAGGUUUUAUUUUUGUGUCUUUAAAAUAAAAGUCCAAAAAUAUUUAAAUUUUAUGGUCAAAUAUGCAGUCAACAGCUGCUACUUUUUUCUUUAUAUAUUAAAUUUCUCAUAUGUCUUUUAUUGUUCUAAUAAACCUAAGCUUGUGUGACCUCCAGUGCAUAUUAGACCAUUCACUGUAUGAAAGAAAACAUGUUGAAUAAAUUUGUGAGUUUUUAAUAAAAAUAGAAAAUCUGAUGUUUAGAUAA